AUGGCGGCUCUGGAGGCGGCAGAUCCUGCGAUUCUGGCGAGAGGUCACGGCUUGUCCAUCUCCAGCUUCCGAGUGCCCGGACACCUGCAAGCCACCCGAAGGGCUGGCUGGCAAGAGGUGCCAGCGCCUGGCGAUGCUCGAGGUCAAGCUGGUGAAAUGCCCAUGGGAAGAAGUCGAAGCAGGCAGACUCAGCUGGGUGCUGCGACACUGGUAGGUGCCUCCACGUUCCUGGUGGGACGGCGAAGGCAGCGACUGCGGCGGCUGAGCCGGAGGGUUUUCGACCGAUUCCGGCAGGAUGCCAUCACAGCGAUCUACAGUGCCCAGGAGGAAGCCUUGAGACGCAGUCACGGAGUGGUUUCCACCGAACUCAUCAUCUUCGGAAUUUUCUCCGAGGAGCAGAAGGGUGCCAACCUUAUAGCCAAGACUGCUUUGGUUCGGAAAGGCGUUACUCGCGAGGCCUUGAAGCGCUUCAUCGCCACCAGCCCAAAACCCGUGUCAGACACGCCAGGAUCUGGCUCCCUGCCAUUCAGCGAGAAUGCCAGGCUGCUUUUCGACGCAGCGAAUGAUUGCUCGGUUGGCAACACAGAAGUCGGCUGCGAGCAGCUGCUUCUGGCCCUCGGCGAUGACAGGCUGGCCCAAAGUGGUGGGGCCAAGAUGCUUGCAGGCCUUGGGCUUUCGGGAAGCGCCCUUCGAGAAGCCGUCUCAGAAGCGGCGUCAGCACCUGGGGCACCAGAGCGACAGCUCGCCGCCGUCGGAGCGGAUGAAUCGAGCGAGUCCGACAUGACGCUGGACGAAGUUGCCACAGAUCUGACGCAAAUGGCGUUGGAUGGUUUGCUGGAUCCAGUGGUUGGUCGGCAGGAGGAGAUGGAUCGGAUCAUCCAAAUCCUGUUGCGCAAGCGUAAGAACAACGCUUGCCUUGUGGGUCCUCCUGGCGUCGGGAAGACUGCAGUGGUCGAAGGCGUGAAAAGAGGAACUGGACAUGACAAGGUGCCAAAUCGCCUGAAGGGGAAGCAGGUUUACUCUCUGGACUUGGGCCAGCUUGUCGAACUCAGCUCAGCUGGCAAUUCUGCUAUUGUGUGUGCUUGCUAA